GUGAAUGUGUCUUCAGAGUGACUCAGGAACCAGUGCAGGGCGGAGACCUCAUGACGGCCGCACCGCCAGCCCGGCCUCCUAGUGGUUGUUGCUACUGUGAGCGAGUGUGAUGAGUGUUGUGGCUGUGAGGUGGUGAGCAUCAGGUGGCAGUGUCGCGUGGAGCGCGGGGCGCACCACCACCACCACCCGUGAGGGCGAGGCAGCCUCCUCCACUCUCCGCAGCAGCACACGCACCGUCCAGAAGCCCUGAGUGAGGCCAGACGCAGCGGAAGGGAUGCGCGAGGUCCUCGACAUGGCUAAGGGCACUCCAGGGGAUGCGGGCGGCCUGCGGGGCUUCCUGAGCCCCGACGACCACCCAGACCUCCACGACAUCUUCCACACUGGCUGUAUUGACGACGACUACGAGGUGGAGAAGGAACCCAUCGCCAGAGGCAAAUUCGCUGCCGUACGCCGUGCCCGUCACCGCGCCACCGGACAAGUUUACGCUGCCAAGUAUGUUCGGCGUCGGCGUCUGGAGGGCGAGGCGCGGCAUGAGGUGGCCGUCUUACUGCUUGGACUGCGUGACCCACACAUCGUUCGUCUCUACAAAGUGUACCAGACCCGCACUGAAUACAUAAUUCUGCUGGAGUUUGCUGUGGGCGGCGACCUUCAGCGCCUCCUGGAUGACGCCGUUUCGCUGCCAGAGAGGGAUGUGCGGGUGCUCCUCCAGCAGGUUCUCCGUGGCCUGUCGUUCCUCCACGCUCACAACCUGGCCCAUCUAGACAUCAAGCCCCAGAACCUGGUGAUGAUGGGCGACUCCCCUGAGGCUGGUGUGAAGCUGGUGGACUUUGGUUUGUCCCGUGUCAUCAGCCAGGGCUCAGAAAUCACACAGAUCAUGGGAACGCCAGACUAUGUGGCUCCUGAAGUGAUCAACUAUGAACCCAUCAGCCUGGCCACCGAUAUGUGGUCGGUUGGCGUACUGACCUAUGUGUUCCUGACGGGAUGUACGCCCUUUGGAGGCGACACAGACCAGGAAACCUUUGUCAGCAUCACACAGGCAGAGGUGGACUUCCCAGACGAUUUGUUUUCUGAUAUUUCCGAGGAGGCGAAGGACUUCAUCUGUGGCCUUCUUGUCAAAAAACCGAGUGACAGAAUGUCAGUAGAUGAUUGUCUGACCCACCCUUGGAUGACCACUGCCCUCCCGAUCUGCCCGGCAAUAAUCAGCCCAUCCCUGGAGGAUGAGGAGGAGGAGGAGGAAGAGGAGGACACCACAGCCUACCAUGAUGGCUAUGCCCCCCAUACCUACAGUUCCUCCUUUCCAGCCUCCUCGGAACACCUCUACCCUCUACCAGAAAAUGACAAUGGUGACUCAGCUUACUCCAGUGACUCCAGUAGCAGUCCAACCUUCACCGAUGGCUACAGCAGCCUUGUUGUGCCUCCUUUGUGCCACUCCACCAUCCCCGAGGAGCAGCAGCACCAGCACAAGCAGCCACAGAAGCAGGCCAGCACAUCAGUGGUGGUGCCAACAUCCCGGCGGCGAAGGAGCAAAGGGCAGCACCUCAGUGUUGACAUGGAGGAGACGCUGCGCUCCCUGCACCACCAGCAGCCCAACCGUGCCCUCAGACGUGCCUCUCUGGUGCUGGAUGACACGCGCUACCUCCAGAACACCUCCCACCAGAUCCACGACAUCAUGCGUCCAAUGUCAGAGUCCCAGAGGCCCCUUGCAGAGGAGGGCAACAUCACCAGGGACUCAGAUGUGGACAGCGGUGUGUCUUGUCACGACUGUGAGGAAUCCCGCAUGGAAAACCAGCGGCUGUGUCACUCUGACUCUUAUGACGGAGGAGAUGCUGCCAGUGUCAUGUCCUGGGAUGACUAUGCUGACAUCAGUGCUGGUCGCAGGUCUUCCCUGACUCAGAAUGACCCUACCUCUGUCACCAAGCCCUGGGAGAAACUCUGUAAUGGCUCCGUGUCCCGUGCCAAGGACCAACUGAAUGUGAAGAAGGUUGUGCCUGUUUUGCCUGAGACACACAUCUGCCAGGCAGACUUCAGGGGUUCCAAAGGCGACUUGCGGGAUUCCAGGAACAACUUCCACUCAUCAAGGUCUGAUCUAAGAAUCAAGGCUGAGAUGCGAGGCUCCAAAUCUGACCUGAGGACUUUACCCAAGUCUGGAGUGAGAUCCUCAAGGUCUGAUCUGAGAGGCUCCAUGUCUGAUCUCAGGACACCAAAAGAGCUCAGGGGGAUGAAGGGGGAUUUCAGGAGCUCCAAGAGUGACCUCAGGGCCUCUGGUGACUUCAUGGGAUCCAAGAGUGACCUCAGGGCCUCUGGUGACUUCAGGGGUUCCAAGUCAGACCUGCGAAUGCAGAGGUCGAAUCUCACUCUGUCGCGGUGGGAGUUGGCCCAUGAGACACUGGACAACAAGUGCCUGCAGGAGGACGACGGCGAGGACGUGAUCCGCUAUGAUGUUACGCUGCCCCGCCGCAAAAACAUUAACCGAACAGAACUGGCUCCUUUCAUGCGCGGAAACUCUUUACACAUGAGUUUUCGCGUUCCCAAACGAAGAGACAUGAAAAUUUGAUGAUACCCAAAUCCUAUUAUUGUUCUAUACAUGUACUUAACAUACAAUGAUGCUAAUAUGUUCUAGUCAUAACUUAUACAUAGGAUGGAAGGUGCAUAAAGUGUGCAUUGCUGGAAACAAACAAAGCAUGCACAAAAAAAGACCAUGGAGCCUGAGGGAGAAAAGGAUGAGAGCAACGUUGAUGUUGAUGAUGAUUGUUGAAUAUCUUGAAAUGACCAAAUAUAAAGUGAGUACAUAUGGUAGGUGAUGCACUCAAGUCCAAAGGAAUAGUCACCAAAGGCCAAGACUAAAGUUACUACUACUAAUGUAUUUAUUAGUACACAAGACACCAAUACCUGAGGGGUGGUGGGCAUCCUGAAGAAGGCAUAAGGCACUCCAGCCUUCAGUGAGGUCCUAUAUACUGCCGGAACAAACCCAGAGUUACAGUGUCCCAAAUGCCUUGCUUCUUUGCUGCUGUCAGCCGCUGAAGCAAGUGCUUUACCAAAAUGCAUCGUUCUGUUUGCUGUGUUAACCACUUUAUCAAGAAAAAAAACUCAUGAAUGCCGUGCUUCUUUGGCAGACACUGAAGCAUUUUUUAUGCCUGAUUAUUUAUGGCUGUUGUUAUGAAUCAGUGAAACAUCAAAGACUGUCCUACACACUGUGCUUCAUUGACUCUCCCUGGCAGUGAAGCACUAGUAUCCAAAUGUCCCAAAUGCUGUGUAAGUUAGUGAAGCAAGACCACCGAUAAAAUGCAUUGAGCAUAAAAGACCCAAGUUAGGAUGCAGCUCCCAGAUGAUGACCACUUGUUGGGUUCCUCUGUGUAUGUGAGUGUGUGUGUCUGUGUAUGUGUGUGCAUCCUGAUGUACUGAGGCAUUUGUUCAUCCCCUCCACAAACCUGUAUGAGUGUGUGUGUGUGUGUGUCUGUGUAUGUGUGUGGAGGGAGACUGUGGUGGUCUGUGUGGCCACCUGUGGAUGCACCUCUCAUUACUACUGUUCUGUCACCACUUUAAGGAAGGCACUUCAGACAUCCCAAGACAUUCCCUUUGUUCUAACAUUGCUGUUUUGUUUUUGUGUUCACUGUUGGAGAAAAAGAACUUGAUUCUUUUAAGAUGUAGUUUCAUAGUUUGCCAUAGUGGAUUUAUGGGUGACCAAACUUAGUAAAUCCUCAAAAUUUGUUAGAUUUUCUGUGAAGCAGUGAAAGAGCAUACAAAUGUGUUGGCAUCUGGAACCACACUUAAAUGUUUAUGUCUCAUCUUGAUUACCUUCAACAUGAAUUAAUUGUGGUUUCCAAGGGGGUUUUCAUGAUAGUGAUAGUUUAAUACAAAUUUUAUAUCAUUAAUGAAAGGAAAACAUCCUUGAGAACCUGACUAUGUCUUUAGAAAUAAUCAUGAUGAGAGAACACUGUCUCAAGAUCCAGCCCUGAGUGGCAGAAAAGCUGAUGAACUGAGGCAUGUUUGGGGACUCAAAAAUCCACUUUCACUGACUUUGGAACUGUCAGUAUAUGAUGUACUAUUUAUGCUUCUUUGUUCAUUAGCAUGAGGUGCAAAAGGAGAAGGGAGAUGAGGAGAUGAAAAGGUGGAGACAUGAGGUGGAUGUCAGGUGAAUGAGGGAGCCUCACUCAUGCAUUCAUUGACAUAAGGAAGUAAGUAAAUAUCAUGCAGGUGCUAUAACUAGUAAAGUUCUUUCAACUCUAUUAUAUAAUAUAUAUUUUUUAUCUGUUUUAUCAUUUAUUUAUUAGGUUAAUUCCAAAUAAGUUGUAUGGCUUUAUUAUAAACAAAGAAAGAAAUA